CGGGCAUUUUGCUUUUGAGGCAUGCGUGUGUGUGCCUCGAGGCCAGCUGAGGUCUUGAGGCGGCCCGUCUGACCCUCACAAGCGACCUUCUGCGUGACCAUGGUGAGAAAGCCCAACGAGACAGUCGCCGGCACGCUGUGGCGCUUCCUCUCUUCUCCAGACAGCAGAGAGAGGCAGCCACGAUGGGACUGACUGUGUUGUGGUUUGUGUGUGUUGAGUGUUCUUCUAGGAGUCUGAGGCAGUUGAGGAGAAAUCCCCGGAGGUCCCUGAGCAGGAGCAGCAGCCGGAGGAGGACAGGGCGGCCGAUGUCGACAAUGCCAAUGACGUCGCACCGGCCGUCCCUGCUCCGGCUCCUGCCGAUGCUGCCGGAGGUGAUGGUGGUGCUGAGGAGGAGGAGGAAGUGUCUGAGCUACAGCCACAGCCAGAGCAGCCACCUGAGCCACAGCCCGCCGCAGCAGACGAGGCCAAUGAGCCUCAGGUGUCCCACCCCAACAAUGUCGAAGGAGAAUCGUCCCCUGCUCCCCCGCCAGCCCCCAUCCCCGAACCUGCGUCUGUGUCCGAGUCAGCUGCUGCUGUAGUCCAAGAGGCAGAGCAACACGAGGCCCCAGAGCCAUCCCCAGCUCCAGCAGCCCCUGCACCUGCACCAGGCCCCGCAGCGGCCCUGCCGCCCAACGCCAUCUCUCCCCCGUCGGGCGACCACCAGCCGUCGGUGCCCGGUGAGAGUUCAGCGUCGAGCAAGGCUAAGGCCAAGGCCAAGCGCAAGAGCCGCAAGCCAAAGCAGUCGGUGUUUGAGAGCAAACCCGAGCCCAGCAAGGCCGACGCGCGAGCGGGCGACAAGGACGCGGGUGGUGCGGCUGGGGGUGGGAGUGGGAGUGGUGGCGGUGGCGGUGGUGGUGGUCCGGUUCGGAGCGUCUUCGAGAGCCAGCCUGCGGAUCGUGUCGCCGACUUUCACUCAGGUACUCCAGUAGACAAGCAGGCAGUCCACCCCACACGAGCAGUGUACGAGAACCAGCCGGUGCCUCGUGUGCAUCACCACUACCACACACCCACACGCCUCUCCAUCUUUGAACGCAAACCGCACCGCUCUUCGGCUGACACAGGUUCGAGAAGCCCACCCCCAAGGGACCUAUCGCUCCCAGAGCCCAAAUCCGUCUACGAGUCGGCACCCAGGGACGACGGCAAGCGAGCUGACUUCCGCUCCGGCGAGGCCCCCAAGCACAACGGCGUGGGGGAGGCGGCCAAGGGCGGUGCCGGUGCUGUGGCCAAAAGCGUCUACGAGAACGUGCCGCAGAGCCGCGUCGCCGACUACAGCGCCCUCAACAGGGGCGGGGGGGAGGACAGCCCCACCAAGGCAGCCGAGAAGGCCAAGACCGCCAAGUCGGUGUACGAGAGCACCCCUGCCGUCGGUGUGGCGGACUUCCGUGCCGGCGACAAGCAGGGGGGCGGUGGGGGCGGGGCUGGUGGUGGUGGUGGUCAGCCGCAGAGGAGUGUGUUUGAGAGUUCGCCGCCCGAGGACGCCAAGGCGGCGGAUUUUGCUGCGUCGCGGCCGUCGGUGCCGCCUGCUGGCGCCGUGCAGAAGAGCGUCUUCGAGAACGCACCCAAAGAGGCUGAAGUGGCCGCCAGCUAUCGAAGUGAGUCCCUGAGCCACAGGGAGGGCGGCAAAACAUCCAUCCAUCCAUCCCUCCAUGUGUGUGUGUAUGUGUUGGUCGUUGCUGUGUGCAGGUCAGCCGCCCGGUGCGGGUGGUGUGGGUAAGGAGGCGGCCGUGUCGAGCCGGUCGCUGUUUGAGAGCUCGCCGCAGCCAUCGCAGGCUGCUGUGAGAUGGGACACUCCCGCUGCAGCAGCAGCACCCACUGGUCAGUCAGUCCAUCAACUCAACCACACACAACACACACACACACACCCCACAAAGGACUCCUCCGUGAUUGGGUGGUGGUCUGUCUGUCUGUCUAUCUGUCUGUUCUGUCUGUGAGCAGAGAAGGGCAAGUCUACAUAUGAGAAUGCCCCCAAGGAGUCGGGGGCGUCGUUCUCCUGGCGGACGGACGUCAAAUCAAGUACCGUACCCAGCCACCGCCACAGCCAUACACACACACACAGGGAGAGAGAGAGAGAGGGUGUGUUGUGUGAUGGAUGGCAUCAGGUCCGGUCGCCAAUGCACGUUCUGUGUUUGAGAACAAACCCAAGGACUCGCCCGCCACAGCCAAGUGGAACCAACAGGCCGGUACGUACGUCAACCGCACACAAAGCAUCCAUCACAGACAACACACCACACUACACCGCAACACGCCACGCCACGCCCAUUGAUCCAUCGUGUGUGUGUGGAUAAUGGCGUGUGCUGUGCAGAGGCGUCGAGCGGGAAGCCUCAGCAGUCGGUGUACGAGAGCACUCCCCAGCAGUCGCGGGCAUUCGUCGGAUACUCGACACGACUCGAACAGAAACAGGCGCCACAGCCAUCCGUAUUUGAGAACCAACCGAAGGUACGCAGCCAGCGGCACCUAGGCGAGAGAGAGAGAGAGAGAGAGAGCAGAUGGUAUAUACAAAAUGUUGCUCCUUGUCUUGUGUGUGUGCAGCCGUCUCGCUACGACGCCGGUGCUGCCUAUGGUCCCGAAGACGAUGACGAGUACGAGUAUGAGGAUGACGACACCUCGCCACCGCCAGCCAGCGCACCACAGCCACCCCAGCAACGCCUCAAAUUCGAUGACAAGAAGGAAAUGAUGAUGGCCCCACCACCCAAUGCAUCGGCCUCGCCCAUCCCGCAGCAGCGACGACAGCACCAGCACCGGUCGUCUGCUCUGGGUGGCGAAGGGGAGGACGUCCACGCCGAGGUGGCCAAGACGCUCAACCAGGAGAGGGAGGCAGAAAUGCGGUCAGAUGCAUCGCCGGCAGACGCUGCUGGACAGAAAGGUACCUGAGUGGCACUGCAGACCUGACACACACACACACACACACAGACAGUGCACUGACCUGAGGGAGAGAGGGGGUGUGGGGUGGGUGGCACUGCAUGGCCCACCGCCGUGUGCAUGGCGGCGUGGAUGCAGUGUCCACACCCACUGCUGCUGGCGAUUUGGUGCUUUCUUUGCGCAGUCGGGGCGGAGUCAAGCCACCACCACCAGGCCAACAACCAGGCCAACAACAUCGAUCUGCUGAUGGAUCGGUUGGAGAGGGAGGAGGUCCCGGCACACCUCAUCAACAAUUCAAACAGCAGCAGCCCUAUCAACCUGAUGCAGAUGCAACACCAGCAGGGGCAGCACCAGCAGCAGCAGCAGCAGCAGGGGGCGGAGGAAUCCUGACCACCGACCAAUCGCCGCGAAACGUACGGCUGCACACACAGACAGCUGGACACACAGACACAGAGACACAAGCGUGUUGGCCCUCUGCUGUCUUUGGCAGCUUGCUGAUGCAUUCCGGAGUCGCGGAGGUGUCGUACGAUAGAUAGCUGUACUGCAACUUUCAAGACGGACACACGAGGCGGGCGGCCGGGCGGCUGGGGGCGAGAGACAGAGAGGGAGGAGAAUGAGUGUCUGAGAGUGAUGAAUGAGUGACGUGCGUGUGAAGGCGAUCGACCCAUCUAGGGAGAGAGGGGGGGAGGGCCAUGGCAUGGCCGGCCGCGGUUUCUUUUUUUGUCGGCCCACUGUCUGUCUGCCUGGCUGCGUACGUGUGUGUGUGCAUGGUGACAUGAGACAUGACAGCCAUCCAUCCGCCCGCCCGUCAUCAAGAUCAAGGCACACACGUGAUUUGAACGGCGCACACACACACACACCGCCCCUGCUUGAUUCGUUAGUCGGUUUCAACACAACUGUAUUAUGUGUAUGUGUGUGUGUAUCAUGUGUGUAAACACCAACCAGAUAGCUACAAACACAGGCAGCACGGCAGCAGGGAGGGAGGGGGACCGGGGGGACAGACAGACAGACAGGCAGCAAGAAGGCAAACAGGCAAGCAGGCCGACCCCACUGACUGACUGACUGGGUUGCCUUGUGUGUAUCUGUGUCUGUAUGUGUGUGUGCGUGUGGGUAUGGUAGCGUACCUGCAUCGCAUCGCAUCGCAUAAGCCGCGUUGCCUUUUCUUUUUGAAUAAGACGACCAUACGACCAUACCCCUCCCUAUAUAUUGCUCAGAGGCCGACUGACUGACUCACUCACCCAUUCACCCAGCCAGCUACCCAUCGCACACAAGACAAGACAAGCCACAGAUUUUUUCCUUCUUCCCCCCCCUUGGCCCCCCAACCCCCUUAGACACACCAGGCAGGCAGGCAGGCAGGUCCGAUAUAGUGAGCGAGCAACCAACCCACCGCCCCGUAUAUAUUUGUGAUGUGUGUGAUGCAUUCCUAGGUGUACGCAAUAAGACCCUCCCUCCCUCCGUCGCAUUGCUACUCUCUCUCUCUCCCUCCCUAGUCUAGCAAUUUUGUCGCCUACCGAGCCGAUAGAUACCACACCACUUCCCUGCCUGCCUCCUUGCCUGCCUUCCCAUUCAUUGUAUCCCACUGGUCGGUCCACUUUUGUUGCUUCAAGUCAUCGAGUGCGGUUGGCUCACUGCCUGCCUGUGGUGUGUGUGUGUGUGUGUGUGUGCCUGCUUUGAUGUGGGGGUGGGGGGUGAUGGAUGAGUCAUGCCAUGGCUACAUUGGGUCGUUUUCCGCUGCCUGCCUGCCUGCCUGCUUGCCUGCGUGUGUGUGUGGGUGGGUGCGUGACCUAUAUGUGUGCGCUGCGACGACCGAUGCGAGGACAGAGAGAAGCCAUGGCAGGCAGGCAGCCUGUCAGUCACCACUAGCAAAUGCGCUAGUACUUUUGUUACGGCAACUAAGCGAUCGUGGAUGGGGCCAUGAGGCGGGUCAGCUCAGCUCUCUCUAUCGGCCGGCCUUUUCUCUCUGCUCUGUCUGAAGAGAGACGAUUGACCCGACAGACCCCAACACACACACACACUGAUAAGACGAGCUAGCUGGGUUGCUGUAUACUCAUUCUUAAGAAAGAGACUGUGGUGUGGCGGCGUGGGUGCAUCCUGUCUUACGUGUGCCUUGCCAUCUUCAUGUUUCGUUGCGCUACCGAUGCGACGACGGAGCACCGAGACGGCCGGCGUGACGGGUGACGGGAUGCGACACGCCCACACAUCACUCUAAGGGCACGCACACACACUGUUCCCUCUCUCUCUUACCCACUCACUCGGUUGGCCUCUCUCUUACCGUGCAUCCAUCCCAUCCGUCUAUCCAAUUCGCUGCCUGCCUGUCUGUCUGUCUGUCUGUGACAAUGAUGAUGAUGUGUGUUGUGUUGUGUGGGGUCGAUAACUCAGCAAAGAGGUGAGCCAUCGACUGACAGACAGACACCUAAUUGAACGAACCGAACCACUUGGAUGGGAUGGAUGAGCGGCUGAAGCGCCAGGCAAGCACCCACUUACACACGUCAUUACACAGCACUACAUGGUCAUUCUGAGCUUGUCUGGUGUGGUGCGGUGUUGGUGGUGGGGGUCAGUCAUCACUUUUGUGUGCUGCCCGGCAUUCAUGACGUGUGUGUGGGUCUCGAUUCUAAUUGACUACGUGGAGAAUGGAUUGCUCUGGGGUGCCUGCCGUGCCGUGCUGUGUGUGCGCGAUGUCAUUCAUCAUGUGUUUGUGAGGGGAGGUGACGGGGUCAAUUUGAUGGAUGUCUGGCGUGGUAUGGUGUGGUGUGGUGGGCAGCUUCCCCCAUGAUGCGUCGGUUGGUUGGUUGAGACACUAAGAAUGGAUGGACGUCAGUCAGUCAAGUCACACAACACAGAACACACACAUAACAUGUAACUAACGUAUUCUAACG